AUGAGCGAUCAACAUACUCUUCCCGUUGAGUCUACUGAGGCUGCGCGUGUCAGUGACGGCUCUUCCUCGAACCAAACCACCACACUCGAUACGCCUGUCGCAAACAUUCCCAUGGAUGCUGAAAUGUCCGUCGCAAGCUCAGCAACUGAGAUCCCAGUCCAGUCCUCGACUUUUACUCCCUCGGCUUCUACGAUCCCAGGACUUGGCUUUGUCAGCCCCAACGAUCAGUCCACCGAGCAACCAGCACAGCCCACCAUUUCGAAAUCCGCCGAGGCAGUUGUCAAACAGAAGCCUAUGGAAGAAACCAACGUUUCCAUGGAAAAUGGACCUGACGAGACUAACGUCAAGCAGGACCAUGUGGAGGAAGCACAAGGCGAGGCAAUGGAGGUUGACCAGAAGCCCGAGCCCAGCAACACCGAGAAUGCAAAUGGAUCAGAAGGCCCGGAAAAUGUGAACGAGGAGGAAGAAGAAGAAGAAGAAGAACACCCUGAGUGGGAGGUAGACUCUGAUCCAUAUGUGUCGUCCUCAGACAGCUCAUCCUCCGAUUCCGAUUCCGAUGACAGCGACGACGAAGACUAUCCGAUCCUCACCCCCGAAGAACAGGCGCGGAUCCUGAUGUUGGCUGAAGGUGGCUCUGACGAUGAAGGUGACGGCAAGGGCAAAUCCGGUGGCUAUAUUCGUUCUACAAAUGAGGUUGUGGAAGACGUCUUGCCUAUCCCGGAUGUCACGAUCACCCCCGAGAUGACCAUUGUCUACCUGGGCAAAGUGCAAGCGGCUAUUGAUAAUGCCGUUCUCGUCGAGGCCAACACCUCUGGAGAAUAUCAAGUCCUUGAGUCGGGCUCCCUGCUCUGUUCUGAGGAUCGCAAGAUCAUGGGUGUUGUGUCGGAAACCCUGGGCAGAGUUGAGCAUCCCCUGUACACAGUGAUGUUUUCCACCGCUGCCGAAGUGCAAGAAAAGGGCUUGGUGAAGGAUAUGCCUAUCUAUUACGUCGAGUCACACUCUACAUUCGUCUUUACUCAACCACUCAAGGGCAUGAAGGGUAGUGAUGCAUCGAACUUCCACGACGAGGAGGUUGCUGAGGAGGAGAUGGAAUUCUCUGAUGACGAGGCAGAGGCCGAGUACAAGCGGCAGCUGAAGCAGAAGCGGCAAGAGAGAAAGGAAGCCCGGGAUGGUGGAAAGCCGAAGAGAGGACCCCCGGGACCAUCGAAGCUGGGCCAGUCAGAACUCAACUAUGAGGAAGGAGGCGAAGAGGGAUACACACCUCUUGCUCGCCCAAAGAACCUCCAUGAGAUGAUGGGGACUCAAGAAGCUCCCGUCGAAGGUGGAUCUGGUUUCCGUGGAGGCAGAGGCCGUGGCCGAGGCACUGACCGCGGCGGCCGAGGAGGUCGGGGUAGAGGUGGUGGAAGAGGCGGAGCUCGGGAGCAAGACCAGGACCGCCGGCCUCACCAGCAGAGUGGAAGCUCCCCUUACGGUCAACCUGCUCCAGUUCAGCAUCAACAAGCCUCUUACGGCCAACCAGCAUACCCAUCGCAGUACCCGACUCAGCCUCAGCAGCAACAGCAACAGCCUGCCUACGGUAUGGGCCAGCCUUUUGCUUUCCAACAAUAUGCACAGCAAUACGCACAGCAGUACGCGCCACAGCAACAGGCACAAGCUCAAGGUGCACCAGCGACACAAUUCCCCUUCCAAUUCCCUUUCGCACAAGCUUUCCCUCAGCCAAACCCGUACCAGCCUGGCAUUCCUGCUCAGGCACAUAUCAACCCUCUCUUCUUGGCUGCUUUGCAACAGCAGCAACAGCAGCAAUACCAACAGCCCCAGCAGCAACAGUACCAGUCUCAGCAGCAGCAACAACAAUAUCAGCAGCCUCAGCAAGCCCCGCAAGGUCAACAGAACCCAACUAUGAACUUUGAUCAAGUCAAGGCCCAGUUGGAUAUGCUGCGGAACUUGAAUAACGGCAACCAGGGACCUCCCCCUUCUUAG